AGCGAGAACGGGGAGGAGUUUUAAAGCGACCAUUAAAGGCGCGCCAGCCGCUGUUCUAUUGCAUCCUGUUUGUUUGCCAGCUGCGAACUUGUUGGAUUUGUGGAACUAGAAUUGAUUAAACAGCGCUAUGGCCGACCAGCUGACAGAGGAGCAGAUUGCCGAGUUCAAAGAGGCAUUCUCACUCUUUGACAAGGAUGGAGAUGGCACCAUUACGACCAAAGAGUUGGGUACUGUCAUGCGCUCCCUUGGCCAGAACCCAACAGAGGCUGAGCUGCAGGACAUGAUUAAUGAAGUGGAUGCUGAUGGGAAUGGGACGAUAGACUUUCCUGAGUUUCUUACCAUGAUGGCAAGGAAGAUGAAGGACACAGACAGCGAGGAGGAGAUCAGAGAAGCAUUCCGUGUAUUUGAUAAGGACGGGAACGGAUACAUCAGUGCUGCUGAGCUGCGUCAUGUGAUGACAAACCUGGGAGAAAAGCUGACUGAUGAGGAGGUUGAUGAGAUGAUCAGAGAAGCAGACAUUGAUGGAGAUGGACAGGUGAACUACGAAGAGUUUGUACAGAUGAUGACGGCAAAGUGAAAGCCCUGUACAGAUCCUUUUUCUCUCUAUCUCUCUCUCUUUCUCUCUCUCCUAUAAAUAAUUUGCCUUUUUGUUUUAAUUUAUCUGUAAAACGUUAAGUCCCCCCCCCUUCCUCCCGGCUGUCCAAAGGAACUGCAUGUAAACUGCAUAGGAUCUAACUCCUCAUGUCCCUUUCUUUUGCUGUCAUCGUGUUUUUUGGAGUGACGGUGCGGUUACACGAUCAGGUGCUUGUUGCGGCGAUACGGGGACAGUGGCGCGCAAAACCCUGCACGUCACAUCUGUCUGCCCCAACCCGAUGCGUAGCAAGAGCGGAGACUUGUCAGCUGGUUUGCCUCUUGGCAACAAUGUUGGCAGGGCAACAAUGUAGAGGAGUAACUCUGCAUGGACUAUGGACAAAGUAUAUAAUAUAUAUGAAAUUUAUCAGCAUUGCACUACUGCAAAAGAAAAAAAAAUCUAUAAAAAAAAAAGACACGGGUGUAUCUUCUAGAUACUCGUACAUAAACUCUUUUUGUAUCUGCUGUUCUGUACCAGAGAACUUGUCUGAAUCUUAUGAUGCUUUUUAAUGGUUUAUUCACGUUCACUUUUUCUUUUUCUUUUUUUUUUCUUUUCUUUUUUUAAAACAGCUUAACAUCAUUGUCAUGCCUCAAAUAAUCCAUUCCAAGUUGUAUAUUUUUGUUUUCCAAUAAAAUUUACAACCCCGAACUGAAAGGUUUCCUUGUUUGUAGAGCAUCUUUAAGCCCUUGAUAACUCAAAACUCUCUAAGUUAGCUGUUAUGCAUCCCUGAGCUGAUUUUAUUAUUACUUUUAUUUAUUUUUUUUCUUUUGUGGUUUCAAUCCACUUACAUCAACCAGAAUGUUUACAAUUAUUGUAGUAGAAAUUUUUCAUUUGUAAAUCAUCAUACAAUGUAUCUCUGAGUGAACUGGUCGAAUUACUAUGUGUAAUCGCAGGAUAGGAUGGGAGGUACGGCCUCCUUGUCAAAGCAAAAUAAACGUUCAUUAAAGUACUCUUAAAAGACA